AUGCUGGGCCUUGGAUGCGCUAAAGUGGAAUAUGCCAAAGGAAAACAGCGCUGCAGACAAGAGGCCGAGUACCUUCGACAUGAGGAGGUUCUGAAGCUCGACAGCCAACCGACAGAUGCUGAUGGAUCUGUUGUCUUGAGACCUGGAAACAAAUAUGAAUACUCUUUUGGAUUUGAGCUUCCCCAGAAUGGGCAGCUGGUGUCAUCAUACAAAGGCAAGUUUGGUUACAUCCAAUACUAUGUCAAAGCUUCCCUGGAAAGGCCACAGCAGCAUGUCCUUGAGUGCAAGAAAACAUUUGAAGUGGAAGAGCCAUUGGAUGUAAACACCCCAGACCUGCUGUGUCCCACAGGUGGCUGCAAAGAAAAGAAGGUGACCUGUAUGUUCAUCCCAGACGGCCAAGUGUCCCUUAAUGCGAAAAUUGACCGAAAAGGCUUCUGUGAGGGAGAAGACAUCUGCAUCAAUGCCAAGUUUGAGAAUACCUGCUCUCGAAUUGUUGUGCCCAAAGCAGCGAUCAUAGCUAAGCACACUUACUUGGCCAAUGAUCGUACAAAAGUGUUUCGCCAAAAGUUAUCUGCUGUGAGGGGAAACCACAUCAUCUCUGGCAUGUGCGAUGCUUGGCUGGGCAAGUCCAUCAGAGUGCCCAAGAUCAAACCAUCCAUGCUGAGCUGUAACAUCAUCCGUGUUGAGUAUGCCCUCAUGAUCUAUAUGCACAUCCCUGGUAGUGAGAAGUUGAUUCUGGAGCUGCCCCUGGUUAUUGGGACCGCUGGUUUGGGCAGUCGCAGCAACAGUGUGAGCAGUCAAGAGGGGUCAAUCAGCAACUCUUCCCAAAGCUGGGUCUCCCUCCGCAUGCCCUCGAAUCCCCCCAGCUAUUGCGACAUCUCCAGAGACUGCUCCCUGGACCAGCCCCUCACACCACUGCUGGAUGACAUUGACGAUGAUGAUAGUCCUAUUUUCAUGAACUCACCACCGUUUGAAUUCCUCACGCCACCUGCUUACACUGAGACAGAGGAAGGGUACAAUGCUUCUCGCAUGCUGCCUGUGUGCUGA